UACAACCCGGAUGGGGCAGAAUGGGGACCGAAAAUUGUUUGGGGCCAUGCGGCUUCAAAGGACUUGAUCCACUGGGAGUAUCUUCCGGUUGCCAUGACCACUGAUCAAUGGUAUGAUACCAAUGGUGUUUGGACAGGCUCUGCUACAAUACUCCCUGAUGGUCGAAUUAUGAUGCUGUACACCGGAUCAACCAAUGAAUCAGUGCAAGUGCAGAAUUUAGCAUAUCCGGCUGAUCCAUCUGAUCCGCUCCUCAUUAAAUGGGUUAAGUACCCUAAUAACCCGAUUAUAGUCCCACCUCCUGGAAUUGGUCCCAAGGACUUUCGUGACCCGACAACUGCCUGGUUAACGCCUGAGGGAAAGUGGCGUUUUAUUAUUGGCUCAAAGCAAAACACAACAGGCAUUUCUUUGGUUUUUGAUACCGAAGAUUUUAAAAAUAUUACCCUUGUAGACGGGUUUUUACAUGAGGUUAAGGGUACAGGUAUGUGGGAAUGUGUAGACUUGUACCCGGUUUCAAAACCUGGGGAAGAUAGGGUGAAGACAUCAGUUGAUGAGCUUGAAGUCAAAUAUGUUAUGAAGGCUAGUCUUGACGAUGAUAGAAAUGAUUAUUAUGCCAUUGGUACUUAUGACCCGGUUAACGGUACAUGGGUUCCAGAUGAUCCAGCAUUAGAUGUUGGUAUUGGGCUGAGAUAUGAUUAUGGGAUAUAUUAUGCCUCAAAAACAUUUAAUGAUACAAAUAAGAACAGGAGAGUAUUGUGGAGUUGGAUUAAAGAAACUGAUAGUAAUAAUACGGACAUUCAAAAGGAUUGGGCUUCCGUUCAGGGUAUUCCAAGGACGGUAAUGUUGGAUAAUACAACAGGUAACAAUUUACUUCAAUGGCCUGUUGCAGAGGUUGACACACUAAGAUCAAAUCAUUCAGUUUUCCAAAAUUUGGAGAUUAACAGCGGUGCAGUUGUGCCACUCGAAAUCGGCUUGACAAGUCAGUUAGACAUUGUAGCGGAAUUUGAGGUAGAUAAGGAAAGCUUGGAGAGAGCACAGAAAACAGAUGAGGUGUAUGCUUGUAAUAACAGUACAGGAGCUGCUGGACGUGGCGCAUUAGGACCAUUUGGUUUGUUGGUUCUUGCUUACCAAGAUUUGUCUGAGCAAACACCUAUAUACUUUUACAUUGUUAAAGGGUCAGAUGGGAAUCUCAAGACCUUCUUCUGUGCUGAUCAUUCAAGGUCAUCUGAGGCAGACGAUGUCGACAAGGAAAUAUAUGGCAGCACAGUUCCAGUACUCGAAGGUGAAAAAGUGACAGUCAGGAUACUGGUGGAUCAUUCUAUUGUGGAGAGCUUUUCUCAGGGAGGAAGGACUUGUAUCACCUCCAGGGUGUAUCCAACAAAAGCUUUCUCCGAUGAUGCCAAGAUUUUCUUGUUUAACAAUGCUACUGAAGCUAAUAUCACUGCUUCGGUAAAUAUUUGGCAGAUGAAUAGUACUAGUACUAAUUAAAGGCAUUUCCAUUACGCCAAUUUGAUGAUGUAAAUCACAGUAUAUUCAUUAAACUAAAAUCCUUUCAUUCCA